UGCAAUGGACAUCGCGGUUGAGUUAACUCAUACUGCGUCACAAGUUUAUUUAAGCAUUCGCAGAGAAAAACUUCCAUGGAUAUUACCACGUUUCGUAAAUGAUAUAGCGUAUGACCAUCUCCCAUCUCGUUUCUCCGCAUAUAUUAUUCCACCUUUUAUUAGAGGAAAAAUAGUAGAAAAUUUUAUUAAAUCUUUUCCGUCACCUCCUCCUCUAAUGCCUACUGAUUCUUUUAUUGCUUCACUUCCUACUAUAAACUUUGAAAUUUUUCAAUGCCUUGCAGUUGGUACAAUUAUUGUGAAACCGAAUAUUAAAGAAUUUAAAUCUGAAAAUAAUCAAAUUGAAUUUGUUGAUGGGACUGUCUUGGAGAAUAUUGAUGUUGUUAUUUAUGCUAUAGUUGAACAAGAGUUUGGAAAAGAUUUUCAACAUAUAGUUUGGUUAUACAAAUCGAUGUUUUCUCCAAAAUAUCCAAAUAUUGCUUUCCUUGGAUUGGCAUUAGGAGCUGGUGCUAUCUUGCCGAUCAGUGAGAUGCAAGCACGUUAUAUAACAAGUCUUGUUAAAGGAUUUAUCAAGCCACUCCCAUCUCAAUAUGAAAUGGAAAAAUCUAUACGCAAUUUUUAUGAAAAUAUACAUAAAAAUUUUUGUGGAUCUGCUCGUAGUGCUAUUCGGUUAAACUAUUUAUCUUAUAUGGAUACUUUGAGUAAAGAGAUUGGAUGCUAUCCUCAUUCUUAUGAGAUAAUUAAAAGAUUUGGCUUUAUAUUUUGGAAAAUAAUUAUGUUCGGCGUGCCUACUCCUAUUCAAUAUCGGCUAUUAGGAAGGAAUUCUUGGGAAGGUGCAAAAGAAGCUAUUUCGCUCUACAACAAAAAUAAUUAUAAAACUACUGCGAAAAUGCCAAAAAACAGACGUGAUGGGCAAGCUCUUGUUAAUAUUUCUAUAUCAACAAUCUGUAAAUUUGCUUAUAAAUCUUGGAGAUAUAUAGAUGCUUAUGAAAAAGGUUUGGAUAGUAGAACUGCUGAUUGGGCUAUUAACAAGUAUAAAUCUUAUUAUUAUUUAUCUGGAAAUAUUGAAAAAAAAUAG